AUACAUUGAACAUAGCAAAACAAGAUGGCAGCGCCCUGCAGAAGGAUGGCAGGUCGGUCUCUCCUACAGUUUCUGUCUUCUUUCAGCCGGACAUCGGUCAGUAACUCGGGGUUCCGUCAGUUCUCUGUGUGUCGGGGGUCCAGGCAGGCUCAACAUGUGGAGGAAAUAGCUCCUUCUCCGUGGACUCUGAUGGCGGCCGUGUGUCUGCAGAGACUUCCGGUCAUUUCUGCGGAGAGCAACCCGAUAGAGCAGCAGUUCAGAGACAUGAUGAUCCAGAUGGAGCUGGAGAAGAGCAUCGCUGUCGGACCAGCGACUGCGGCUGCUGGACGGCGCUGAGAGGAUAUGAGCGAGAUGCAGAGGCGGGCGAGUACCGACU